ACAAUGCGGCGCGAUAACGGGAAGGGUGAAUUGGUACGUGUGAAGAUCGUUCGCGCCCUGAUUAGCCUGAUUGUCCAUCGGCGAAUAUAUCUUGCGCCUACGCGCUGCAUUAUAUAGGGCGAUGGCUCCCUUCUCCUGGCCGGCCGAGCGUUAUCGAUUGUUACGAGCGCCCCGAAACCAGAACCGUAACUAGAGAAUUACAGCGCCUACGGUGAAUUAUUCUCAACGAGAGGCCGUAGACAGAAUAGAUCAGCGCGAUCCCGACGUUGAUAUCGGAGUAAGGAGCAGGAGGAAAAUUUGCGGAACCGUUAGUUUUCGAAGAGAGCGACGCUGAGGAGGACGUAGGCGUGACUUGUGCGAAAGUAACUGCCGGUACUUGAGUGAGGGUGAGCGUGGUCGCACGAGCUUUAUCUCGUGAUUAUUUCGUUGUUUUGUCAUGUCACCGGAACGGAAGAUCGAGAGGAGCGUGUGUCUCGCGCGCGAACAAUUUUGCAAAAUGCUCAGUCGCUGCGAUUAAUGAUGAGGACAUUCGUGAUUGUCGCCGUUCGACAGGUACCGUUCACACAGCCAGGGAAACCGUGUGUUCGCUAUGGCCCAGCUACGGCUCUGACCUUACCGUUUGAUAACGUGCUAAAUGUGCACUUUCCGCGCGCGCGAGAGCAUGCGUCCGCAUCUGCAACCUACCACCGGCUGCGCCAGUCGCACGUUGGCCGAUGACGGAUGCGCACGGGUUGACAGUUAACGUGUCACCGACUACACCGGCGGCACGCUGCUUCGAGACAUCGUCAAGGAUAUCGACGCGGCCGUAUCAGUGUCGAUGAAGAAGACGGAUGCUGCGAUAUAAUGGCAUCCAGGAGGCCGACGAAGUACGACGACUCGUAGAAUCACGAUGGAACUGUGCAAAGGGUCCUGGAAGGUCUUAAUCCUCGUCUGCGUGUUCGGCAUUUACACAUGGAUAUUCCUCGUUGAUUACUCGCACACGCUGUCGCAGAGGAUAUCUCUGCAGAGAACGCGGAUCUCCGUGUCAGCGGGGAACGUUCUGCACCAGGCUCUUGAUCAGCCGAAAAUCGAGCAGGUGUUCGCAGGCGACGGAGCGGCUUCGAAAAUCACGAAAUCGCAGUCGACGUCACCGCGGAAUUCGAGCGACACGUUCAAGAGCAAUGUGUCCACGUCGAGAUAUCAGACCCCGAAGCAACAGGGUCUAAUACCCAGCAGACAGUUGCCAACCGCUCUGAUAAUCGGCGUGAAGAAAGGCGGUACUAGAGCUCUCUUGGAAUUCCUGAGGCUGCAUCCUGCUAUUCGCGCUGCCGGCUCGGAGGUCCACUUCUUCGACCACCACUAUGUCAAAGGAUUCCGUUGGUACAGGCGUAGAAUGCCUCCGACUAUGGUCGGCCAAAUCACCAUGGAGAAGACGCCGUCAUACUUCGUGACGAGUGAAGUACCGAAGCGGGUAAAGCACAUGAACUCGGGAAUGAAACUGAUCGUCGUGGUGAGAGAUCCCGUAACCCGGGCGAUAUCCGAUUACACGCAGGUGAAGAGCAAGCGCGUCAAGAUGCCGCGGUUCGAGGAUCUUGCCUUUCUGAACGGCUCGCGGAUCGUCGAUAUCUCCUGGGUGCCGUUGAAGAUCGGGGUUUACGUGCGGCACCUGGAGAGGUGGCUGCAGUACUUCCCGUUGUCGCAGUUCUUGUUCGUGUCGGGCGAACGUCUGAUCGCCGACCCCGUGAUGGAGAUCACCAGGGUGCAGGACUUCCUGGGCCUGAAGCGGGUGAUAUGCGAAAAACACUUCUACUUCAACGCCACCAAAGGCUUCCCUUGCUUGCUCAAGUCGGAGGAGCGCGCGAUGCCGCAUUGUCUCGGAAAGAACAAGGGUCGCAGUCAUCCUUACAUCGAUCCCAUGGCGGUUCAACGUCUGCGCGAUUUUUAUCGGCCGUUCAAUCAGCGCUUCUAUCAGCUGGCGGGUAUGGAUUUCGGCUGGUUCUGAAACCCGCGCGGUAUUGCAUUUGGAAUAAAUACAUAUCGUAAGUAGGGAAACGGAACGGAGUCAAUUUUCGUCGUGUAUCGAAUAUCUCGCAGUAUCUAUUACGCCUGAAUAUCCGUAAUCUGGUCAGGAUAGGAAUGCAUACAUACAUAUUAAUGAUCAUGUAGAAACGCGCCGUUAGCGUCCAUAGCAUUUGUGCGGGUCGUGUUACGAUUCGGUUUGCGAUCGGGUGAAUUUCAUCGUCUCUCGCGGUGCACCGCGAGGGGCAACUGAUUUUUACUGUUAAUUCAGUCAAUGCCGCACGUUGCGGUGCGUUAAUGUGGCAGAAGCUACUCGUUACUUUUCGCGCUUGUUACCGUUAAACUAGUAAUUUACGAAGAUUUAAGGCGUCUAAGUUCUCGCGUGUAAAGUUGGGUUGCGAGGUAUAAGUAAGGUUCUCAAGGAUUUACGUGCCAUCGAGGUACAAGUAAGGCGAGAAACGGUUAUACGCUGUCUCUCAAAGUUAUCAAUAGUGCACGGUUCCCGUCCCGAGAUCUUAACGAAAAACCGCGACAUAUCUAUUUGCUGUAAUUACCGUAACUAUUAUAACGAUUGCGAUAAUCAGAGAGAAUCACAUAUCCGAGAUACCUUUUAUUCGCUCUAACAGAAAGAUUGUAUGAAUACAUAUGUACAGUGAAUAUGCGUGGAAAAAAACGGUGAGAAUCACGUACAAUUUUCUCUCGAGACUCGAGCUGUACAACUCGUUACUUUCGCUGAGCAAGAAAACGCGAGCACAAUUAAUUGUAAUUAAUUGCGUCGAAUGCAAGUGUUAAGAUAACCGUCGUUUGGUCUUAUCUUGUUAUACAUCUUUCAACUCGUUUCGACAUUUACACUGCGUGUGUAAGAGAGCUCCAGUUUAAUAUAACAACGAUUCUCUUUACACCUACUCGGAGUAUCAUGCAAAACGUGACCGCGCGGGCUUUAUUGUAAGCAGUUGUACAACAGUCGGAAGGGUGAAUCGAGCGAGGAAAG